AUGGCACAGCAGGUGCUCCUUGCUCCUCCUACUGAACGGAUACUCUCCCAAGCCGAAAGCCUCGCGGUUGUUCAGAUCUUCCUCAACGCAUCGUUGGCCUGUAUCGCCCAUACUAGAGAGCUGAUCCCUUGGACAUCGUCCUGCUUCCGCACGCGAUAUGUCGAUCAAAUCACCCUCGAAAGCGACUCGUCUGCCGGAGAGAGCCUGUAUUCAGCUUUUCAAUCGUUGGCACCAGAGAGUCCUGGUGAGGGUCAAGAGGUCAAACUUCUCGUCCGUGGGGGCCAUCGAUGCGCUGAUCAAAUGCUUGAUAUGCUUGUAAACCCUGAACAUUCUCAGCAGACUUCGAGAAGCCCGCUAAUUUCCAGUCAGGAGCAAGGAGUUUUUGACGCCUUGGAUCAAAGCUACCUAGACAGCCUGCGAGUCUUUGUGACCGACGCAGCUCAACGCCAGCCAUCAAUUAUCGAGACUUACCACUUCGCUUUUGCGUAUAAACGUGGCACUGUCACCAGUGUGCAUUUGAGUUCGGUAGCUCAGGCAUUCGUCUUGGAGAAUAAUUCCAGGGCCCUAGGGGGUCAGCCUUCGCAACCCCAGGACCGGGUCACCGAGGAAAAGCGUCGAAAGAUCGUCCUGUCCAACAGAGCCCGCCUAGAGAAAAUGGGCUCUGUCUCAGUGUCACAAAGCUCGCAGAGCUUCUCAUACACUGCUAUGCCGUUCAAAGUGGAAAGACAGGUGAAAGUGGAGACGCUUUUGACCAUCGCCUGCUGGCCGACGGUAGGAUCCGACGGCUUAGUCGAUCGAGUCGCAUCGGCUGUGAAUGCGGAAGUCAGCAUAGAUCAAGUUCAAUGCUGGCAGCAUAAAGAGUGCUAUGGCCGUGGCGACAGCCUCUCUCCUGCUACCAUACCUGAGGAGCACUUCUGCUAUACCUGCCUCCUGUUUUCCGAAGGGCUAAAACCCCCGAAUUCUCCCCUACUCAUCAUUCUCCUCCGAGUGGCUACAGGCUAUCUCGCAGCAAAGACCACACCCGGAUUGCGGAUUGCCGGAGACUUCCUUCAGACGCAGCUGAAACCAUUUCGCUGGACCAGGGAGGUGCUUGACUGGGCAAUGGAGCGCCUCGUGGAGGAGGGUCUGCUCAAGCCAGUAUCUGGAGGCUUCUUCGAAGUCGUAUCACUUGACGAUGCGGAGAUGUGGCAGGUCAAGGAGCGAUGCAUGGGUUCAUUGGCAUCAGUAAAGGGUCUUUUCGAGACCUGUACAAACCCUGACAAUACGAGGCGCAAUGACUUGCUGAGUUCACUCAGAGCGUACGCUGGUGAAAAUGAUUAUACGACAGCCGAAGGAUGCGAAGAACUGAUUUCGUAUGACGAGUUCGGGGGUCCAGUAUACCGCUGGGGAUAUGACACGGCCGCAAGGAAUCCCUCGUUAGAGAAGCCGGUUGUUGAGAAGGAACUGACAACGCCGGUUCGUCGACGAAAGAUCAGUAUCUCACGCAUACUGAUCAACAUCGAUCGUUCCCCCUCUGCAGCGAGCAUGAGUCUGGAAGAAUCAACAAACCGAUUCCGUGACAACAGGAGUUAUAGCACUGAUUGCAGCACCGCAGCCUCGACAGCGACCGCUGACUGA